GAGCGAUGCCUUACUGCGCGUGAAAAUGUAUGAAGCAUUUAUCUGCGAAGACAUUUUACAAGUAAUAUUGCCGUGAGAAUGGCAGUAUUACCACUAUUUAUUUGGCUGAUAUCUUCUAGUUGUUUUAGCUUUCGUCUUUUUGUAACGCUGUACACCGGUCAUAGUUAACGUUAUGCUUAAACCAAGCUAGUUAAUAAACGUUAGCUUUUCAGGAGCUUAAUAACACACCGCUAAUUUUCCUCUACAAUGGUAGUCGAGGUGGAAAGCUUCUUUGGUGUGUACAUGCUGUACUGCACUAAUCCUAAAUUCAAAGGCCGUAUUUAUAUCGGCUUCACUGUGAACCCUGAGCGCAGGAUCGGACAGCACAACGCAGGACGGCACAAAGGGGGAGCCAAGAGGACCAGUGGAAGAGGACCAUGGGAAAUGGUCCUCAUUAUACAUGGGUUUCCAUCUGAUAUUGCUGCCCUGAGGUUUGAGUGGGCAUGGCAGCACCCUCACUCCUCCAGGCGUCUCUCCCAUGUCUCUCGGCGCUCCAGGAAAGAGUCAAGCCUGCAGUUCCACUGGCGCGUCGUCUCCAACAUGUUGCGGGUGGCGCCGUGGAGCAGACUGCCGCUGACGACCCGCUGGCUGAAACAGGAGUACAGGAUGGACUUCGAGCCUUGCCUGCAGCCUCCGCUGCACAUCCCCAUUGCUUUUGGGAGUGUGAGAGCCAAGAAGAAGCUGCCGCUGCAGUCUGCAGGACAGGAGGAGGAAACAUCCAGGUGUUUUCUCUGUAAAGGGCUGCUCACGGUGUCAGAAAAGCUGACCUGUUUCCACCCGUCCUGCGGAAUGAGCAGUCAUGUGAUCUGCCUUGCCAAACAUUUCCUGAAGUCAGAGCCAUCCCACCUCCUGCCAGUGGAGGGUCAAUGUCCGGCCUGUCGUCGCUCUGUGCUGUGGGGGAGUCUCAUCCGACACAAACACGGCUGCUUCGGAGACCUGGAGGAGAUCACGCUGUCUGCAUCCCAGAGCCACUGGGCAGAUGAACUGCAGAUAUGAGGGAGUGGAACCUUCCAAAAUGAACUUUUCUUUUCCUUCUUAUGGAGCUGUGAUGACACAUGACACAUGUCAUAAAGAAAAUUAGAAGAUUAUGUGUAAUGAAAUAUGAAAUAUGCCUUUUUAAACUAAACAGACAUGUACAUCAGCUUCAUAAAGUCUGUCCUGCAGCAAUGAGCGCAUGUCCAGCAUCUCUACAGGAUGCUCCAUUUUUACAGUUCUGAUGUCUCGAGCCAUGUCUGUUCUAAUAUGUGUUUAAUAAAACAAGAUGGUUUUGUACUGUACAUAAAGUAUAAUGUUCUGUGAGUGACACUGGAGGUGAGUCCAGUCAACUAAAGCCUUCGUCUUGGUUUAGAAGAUACAUUUCAGGGCUGUAACUGGAAUUAUUGAAAUUAAUGAGA